AUACAAGGUGAUGUCAGGGACCCCGGAGAAGAUUUUGGAGCACCUCCUUGAAAUGAUGAGAUUGGAUUCUCAAUUCACAGAGUCAGAUGCAGCCUUAGAUGACUUUGUCCUUGUGCACUGUGUCUUCAUUCCAAACACUCAGCUGUGUCCGGUGCUGAUGGCCCACUACCACGCCCAGGCCCUGCAGGGAUCUGAACAGGAGAAACUGGACUAUACACUUAACAACAAGCGCAGGGUGAUCCGCCUGGUGAUGCAGUGGGCUGCAGUACAUGGAGAUCACCUGCAGGAGGAGGACAUGUCGGUGGCCUUCCUAGAGGAGUUUCUUGUGGCUGUUUCUCAUGAUGCCAAAGUGAUUUCAGCACUCAGGGAUCAGCUAGCAGAGCUGGAGAGAAUUGUAAAGCAGAACUCUGAAGAUGCCAAAGUCUCACAGAAAAAGCACAAAGUCCUUCUGCGACAGUUCAGUAUGGGAGACGAGAAGCUUCAGAGACGCCAGCCGAUCAAGAGUAAUGAUGAAAUUCUGCUCAAAGUCUACUGCUGUGACCACACCUACACAACAAUCCGGGUCCCUGUCGUGGCCUCUGUCAGGGAGGUCAUCGGUGCCGUGGCCGACAAGCUGGGGUCAGCCGAGGACCUGCUCCUUGUCCACCUCAGCUCUGCAGGAGAGAAAGUCGUCUUCAAGCACAAUGACGUUUCAGUAUUCUCCACUGUCAGUGUUAAUGGUCGUCUGUUUGCCUGCCGGAGGGAUCAGCUGGACUCUUUGACGCCUUUACCUGAGCAGGAGGGUCCCUCUUCAGGGUUUCUGACCAGCUUUGAGUUAAUGAGCUCAAAAGAUGUGGCCUACCACAUGACCUCCUAUGACUGGGAGCUUUUUAACUGUGUACAUGAGCUUGAACUCAUCUAUCACACAAUUGGGAGGCAAAAUGUGAAGAAAACCACGGUGAACCUGGAUUUGUUCCUAAGGAGGUUUAAUGAAAUCCAGUUCUGGGUGAUCACAGAGAUGUGUCUGUGCUCUCAGUUCAGUAAGAGGGUGCAGCUUCUCAAGAAGUUUAUCAAGAUCGCCGCCCACUGUAAGGAGUACAAGAACCUGAACGCCUUCUUUGCUAUCGUUAUGGGACUGAGUAACCCGGCAGUGUGCCGAUUGAACCAGACCUGGGAGAAACUUCCCAGCAAGUUCAAGAAGUUUUAUGGGGAAUUUGAAAACCUGAUGGACCCGUCCAGAAACCAUCGAGUGUACCGACUCACUGUAGCCAAGCUGGAUCCUCCCAUCAUUCCCUUCAUGCCACUGCUGAUCAAAGAUAUGACCUUUACUCAUGAGGGCAACAAGACGUUUAUCGACAAUUUGGUCAAUUUUGAGAAAAUGCGGAUGAUAGCCAACACAGUGAAGAUACUCAGAUACUGCAGGAGCCAAACAUUUGGUCCAGACUCCCCUCAAGCGAGCAAAAACCACCCAGGUAUACGGACUUACGUGCGUCAGCUCCACGUGAUUGACAACCAAAGGACUCUAACUCAGCUGUCUCAUGCACUCGAGCCCCGCAGGUCUUGAAACCACUCAGGAAGACAAACGUUACACUCUGAUGCUGAUCCAUGAUAUCGCGUGUGUGUUUACAUUGGGAUGAAUCGACUCCAGCACAGGCAAUCACAUGGAGGAGCUAAUGACGUGUCAGAUAAUGAGACAUUGUUUUUGACCCUUUCAUUACUCAUUUGUCAUAUUUGAACAACAGUAAUUGUUGUUGGAUGAAGUACCUCUCAUAUCACUCUGCUGCAGAUAUCUCCAUCCUCACAAAGUCAAAAACAAGAGCAACAAUUUAAGAGAUUAAAGAUCUUUAGUGGGUCUUAUUCACAAGAUUAACAUUUGAUGCUUUAAAAGUGCAAACUUCAUAUUUAUGAUACUCAGUUGUUUCGUAUCUUUUGUAUUCAAACAAUAUUUAUACAUAUUUAAGUGUAUGAGAUUCUCAUGUGUUGUAAACUGUAAACAGAUAUUUAUUUUGACCUGAGCAUGCUAAGAGUUGUUCUGAUUAUUUUAUUCAUGUGAGCACAUUCUCUUUGAAGUCUGGGAUACAGUAAAUGACCAAAAAAACCUUUUCUGUGCUGUAAAUAUUAAAUAUUUUAGAUGUU